AUGUUUGAGUUUUUAAUUUAAUAGUAAAUGGCAUUUGAAUUUUUAAUAUAACUUAAUUCGUUUAUUAGAUAUAAUCAUUUAAAGUUUCAAAUUUUUGAAUUAAUAUACAGGUAUAAUACACAAGGGAUUACAAAUACAGGUAGCUAAUUGGUUUUUUAUAACAUCGAUAUUAGCAGGUACACAGCAUUGUUAUUAUCAAUUGUAGUAAGGCACAUUGUUAUGAGUUUAUAAAUACACUAACUGACAAUACAGAAAGUAUAUCUAUUGAUAAUCAUAAUUGAUAAUAAACAAUCCGUGACUGAGACAGCAAUGUCAUAAAAAUCCAAUUAGCUACCUGUAUUUACAAUCCCAUGUGUAUUAUACAUGUAUAUUAACUCAAAAUUUUGAAACUUUAAAUGUUUAUAUCUAAUAAGCUAAUAAAGUUAUAUUAAAAAUUCAAAUGCCAUUUACUAUUAAAUUAAAAACUCAAACAUUUUAUUAAAUUAAAAAUAUGUGUUACCAUUUAAAAAAACAAAGUUGACCCCCCUCCAAGGCAUAAGGGAUGAACUUAAAAAGUAUUACAUAGUUAAAAAUUCAAGAAUAAUGUGUAACUAAAGAAAAUAAAAAAAAAAAUGUUUAAAUUAUUAUUAUUCUGUAAGUAAUUGAGUGGGUUAUGAUAAAAAAAUCACCCUGUAUAUUCUAAAAAUUAAACAUUAUAGUUAAACAAAUAAUUGAUCACUUGCGAGGUAUUAAUUUUAAUAUAUUCAAGAAAAAUAUACUUAUUUUAAAACGUGAACUUAAACUAAUGUCGUCAAAAACCUUACAAUAAUUGAAUAUUUUAAUUUUACUUUGAUCAAUUUGCUGGUUUUUUUUUUUGUAAUAAUUAAUUGAUUUAUCAAGUCUGAAUAAUUUUAUUUAACAGGUAAAAAUGAACUAUUAUUGCAAAAUACAUACUAUUUUACUGAAAGUAAUACUUUUAAAUGUUAUAAGUGUUUAUACAAAUGAUGAAUUUAGUCAGAAUACUGAAAAUCGAACAUCUAUUACUAUUGACGAUUUGAAUAUACUCAUCAGAGAAUAUCCUGCAUUUUUACAGUUGAAAUUACAAAAACAAGAAUAUUACACUGGCAAAGAUAUAGCUCGUUGUCCUAUGCCUUACAACGAAAAUACGAUAUUAGACGAUCCCGAUGUUGUGUCGUCUGAAUUAUUCAACCCAAGGGAAUGUAAAAAACCUUGGAUAUGGACGCGAAAAAAUGAAAUAGAUGUUCCUGUACCUAUUAACGGUACAGUUGGUAAAAAAUUAGGAGAUAUCAUUAAACCAUGUAUUAAAAACAAUACUAAUAUUAUACAAUGUUAUACUCACUAUCUAAAUGUAAUCGAAAGCGUUGGUUUAACAUUUGCAGAUAGAUUUUGUUUAUAUAUGAUAGAAAUGUAUGAUAGAAUUUUGGUAUUGACUAAUAAAAUAGAUUAUUUAAACAAAUUUAGUUUGUUUAAUAUUAAAACUAAUACAUCAGUACUUCACUCGAUUUUAAAAAAUACUUAUCAACUAUUAUUUAAUAUAUAUAUUGCAUUUAGUCGAUACUAUAUUUCUACUCUACCUCUUGAUUGUGUUAUACAUCUCAAGGUGAAUGUGUUUAAUAUUAAUAAAGGGAAUAAUGCAUUUGUUCAAAAACUUAAAGAACAAUUUUUAAAUUGUCGGGAAUUAAUGAAAUCAAAACUAAAUUAUGCUGUAUUAGGCAAUAUUGAGAACUGGGAAUGGGAUAUUACUUCUGAUAACAAACCUGAUGACACUGUUCUAAUGACCACGCAAUACAAAAAUGAUAAACUAGGAUUAAAUCUAUUCCCGUACAAGGAUCCAAAACAACUUAAAAUUUUUUUUUCAUUUACUGUGUAAAUAAUGAAUAAUUUUAAGUAUAGUUUAUUUUGUUAAAUGUUAAAUAUAAAAAUAUUACGACAGUGGCGAUUGCAGUAAUAAAAAUUGUUGAUUAAAUAAAAUAAAAUUUAGAUUAAACUAAUUUUACUAGUUAAUAUCAUAUGAAACAUUUCAAACUCGUAUUUAUUUAUUUUAUAUUGGGAAUGGGAUAUUACUUCUGAUAACAAACCUGAUAACACUGUAUUAAUGACUACACAAUACAAAAAUGAUUAAGUAGGAUUAAAUCUAUUUCCGUACA